AUGGCUGCGGAUGCUGCGGAUGUUCUCUGCAGCAUCCUGCAUCCGCACCGGCUUCAUGUUCUUCUCUUGACUGUAACCCUGUCCACUAUGCCAGCCCGGACAGCAGCGCUGCUCGGCGUCCGACCAGAGGACACGCAGAGCGGAGAACUGUCACUGAAGGACGGGAUGCUGAGAACCACGGAGGGGACGCGUUUCAUGCUCAGGGUUUACUUCUCUGCAUCUCCACUCACGGAGCAGCAUCCCAGGGAGAACUCCAGUGCUCCAGCUGCUCCGUGGAUCGCGUUCAUUGAGGAACCAGUCGAGGACGGCGGGAAAACGGAGAAGAGGCACUCCGAGGGAAAUCCGUGCUCGGAUGAGAGCGCCCGCAGCUCGGACAUAGAGCUACUGGGAACCUUCAAAUCCACCCUGAGUCACAACUCUGUCCUGGUGGAGCUUCUCGCCAAAGACUUGCGCAGAGGUGAAGUGGUGAAGUACUACUCCAUGUGCGCUUAUGACGGGGUCAGAUGGGAGCACCUGAGUACACAGGACUUCUGGCUGGCAGUUGUGGAGAGACCGCAUGAGGCAGAUGUGUGGCUACAGGCAGGUGUGUCAGUGCUCCUUCUGGGACUGUCAGCGCUCUGCAGUGGGCUCAACAUCAGCAUGCUGGCCCUGGAUCCCGUGGAGCUGCGCGUGCUGCAGAACAGCGGCACCGAGAAGGAGCAGAAGUAUGCGCGUAAGAUUGAAUCAGUUCGUAAACACGGGAACUAUAUCUUGUGCACUGUUGUGCUAGGAAACGUGCUCACCAACACAUGUUUUGUUGUUUGGAUGUGCCAAAUCUUAGGCAUGACAGCGCUCUCAACCGCGUUUUGUACAUUGGGCAUAUUUUUUAUUGGGGAGAUUUUACCUCACUCUGUUGCGUCCAGGCACAGUCUUGCCAUUGCCUCCAAGACCCUGUGCGCCACGCGCCUGCUCAUGUUGAUGUUCCUUCCCAUCGCGUAUCCUGUAUCCAAAAUCCUUGACAUCAUGCUGCGUCAGGAGAUCAGCAGCUUCUACACCAGAGAGAAGCUGGUGGCAAUGCUGCGCGUCACUGAUCCAUACCACGACUUGGUCAAAGAGGAGCUCAACAUCAUCCAAGGAGCACUGGAGCUCAGGACUAAGACUGUGGAGGACGUACUGACGCCCCUGUCCGACUGCUACAUGAUUUCCUCAGAUGCAGUGCUGGAUUUCUGCACUAUGUCAGAUAUAAUGCAGAGUGGAUUCACGCGGAUCCCUGUGUAUGAAAACGAAAGGUCCAACAUUGUAGACAUCCUCUUUGUCAAAGACCUCGCCUUUGUGGAUCCAGAUGAUUGCACUCCUCUCAAAACCAUAACUCAGUUUUACAAACAUCCCAUGCACUAUGUGUUCAAUGACACCAAGCUGGAUGUGAUGCUGGAGGAGUUUAAAAGAGGGAAGUCUCACCUGGCUGUGGUCCAGAGGGUCAACAGUGAGGGAGAAGGAGAUCCAUUCUAUGAAGUCAUGGGCAUUGUCACUCUGGAAGAUGUGAUAGAGGAGAUCAUCAAGUCUGAGAUUGUGGACGAGACUGACCUAUACACUGAUAACAGAACCAAAAGAAGAGUCUCCAACCAUGAAAGAAAACAUCAGGAUUUUUCAAUUUUCAAAGUGUCAGAAAAUGAAAUGAAAGUGAAGAUCACUCCUCAGCUCCUACUUGCAACACAUCGCUUCUUGGCCACAGAGGUGGAGCCCUUUAGGCUGUGUCACUUGUCAGAGAAGAUCUUACUUCGCCUCCUGAAACAUCCCAGCGUUGUCCAGGAGCUCAAGUUUGACCCCAAGAACAAGCACGCCCCUCACCACUACCUCUACCAGAGAAACAAGCCUGUAGACUACUUCAUCCUCGUUCUCCAAGGACGGGUGGAAGUAGAAAUUGGAAAAGAGGCUCUGCGCUUUGAAAACGGAGCAUUUUCGUACUAUGGGAUGCCUGCACUUAUUCCCCCACUGGCUUUUAGUGUCAGGUACAGCUCCAGGAGCAGUGGCCUGAACCAGUCUGACUCUUUACUGAGUGGAGGCAGCAUGGGGCAGCUCUCCUCUGGGAUCUACUUACCCGACUACUCAGUCCGACAGCUCACUGACCUCCAGAUUAUCAAGAUCACUAGGAACCACUAUCAGAACGCCAUAACUGCCACUCGGAUGGACAGCUCUCCUCAGACUCCAGAUCCUGUGGAUGUUAAAGGACGCCCUCCUGUUACAGAGGCCCGGUCCCACAGCAUCGCCCUGCCCCUGACACACGUCAACACAAGACUGGGACUGGCCCGCCUCGCCCACCUCCAUCCACACGGGGCACUGCGCAGCACAACGCACCUGAAUGAGAGGAACCGCAUUGUCCGCAGUAAAUCUGAUGGUCAGAGGAGUCCAAAUGACAGUGUCUUUCUUCGCAUGGAUGAGAUUCCUUAUAUCCACGAAGACCGACCCGAAAAUUAUGAUAACGACAUGCCGGACUCGCCCCCGUCCACCUCCCCCUUCAUCAGCUCCCUGUCUCUGUCCAGUUCAGACGAAACCAUUGGAAAGAAGCUCCUGCGUAAACUGAGCAACAAGAGGAGAAAAAAGUCUCUGGAUCGACAGAAGAGUUUAGAGGAAGGAUCAGAGGAAUCACCAGUGAUAAGCUAGCACAAGGCUCUCCUUUGAUACCACAGUUUCAUCGUCUUCAUUGCAUUACCAGCACACU